GGAGCACCUUCAUCUGACGGUAUUUACCAAGCUCGUGUCCAGACUCGAGUCUCUUGGUCUUUUGCUUCCCUAUCCCUCUUUUCGACAGUCUCGCUCACCACCCGUAACCUUCACGGCGUGGUCUUGUCAAUAGAAGCGACCUUUCGCAAAACCGCUGCCUUGAUAGCCACCAUAUCAUCCGCAGACUGCGAGAAUCUCUCUACUCCCUCUAUCUCUUAUUCUUGAAAGAUAUCAAAAUUUCUUCAUUCUCAAUCUUCGAUCAAGACCCAAUUGCCAACUUAACAAUGGACAUGUCUACUCAAAUGCCUAUGGUUGGCUACUUCAUCUACCGCUCUGGUGAACAAGCCGACCCCACCGCUCUCGAGUUCUGCCCCCCUAAAGGCUCCGACGAACUCUUCUUCGCCUUGAAGACCGCCUACCCUCACGUCAAGACUCAUUCGGACCGCAUGAGAAACGCCGUUAUCGAAUUUCUCAAGCAAGAGCUCAAUGCGGAACAGACUCAACUGGAGACUCCCACCAUCCCUCUGGAAACCGACCUGUCUUUCGAUAUGUCUACCGAAUCUCCUUGGUGGCCCUCCAUGGACUCUACUGCCUCUACCCUAAGUAGCCCUGAUCUUUUCAACAUGGCCACUCCUGCAUCCAUGUCAUCCUCCCAAGCUCCCGCAAUGAGCCGUCAAAAUUCGUCAUCCCAGCCCAGCUCUUCCCAGAAAGCCAGACCUGCUCUCGAAGACAUGACCGGUGUCUUCAGUCUGUCAUCAACUUCUCAGCCCAAGACUCGUGUUCGCAGAAAGAUGACCGAAUCUGAGAAGCUCGAGUACCGUAAGCGUCGUAUCGUCAAAGCAUGCGACUCUUGCAGCAAGCGUAAGCGCAAGUGCUCUCACAACCAGCCAGAAAUGGAAAAGGUUCGCUCUUCCAAAGUCACCAAGUCUAAGGCACCAGCAUUCAACAUCAGCUUGGCUUGUGUUGAGCAGAUCGAGAAGGUUGUCUUCCAGCCUGCCGAGCCAUCAAUUGUUGACGAAGACCCCUUCAUGUUCCUCAACCAGAACAUGUUCAACGAGCUCCCUACUACCGAGCAAUUCUUCUUCGGCACUGCUACAAUUACUCAAGCUCCCGAGCAGACUGUUUGGCCUUGGAGCGAUACUCCUGACUGGACUCUUAUUGACACUCCUCUACUUGCUCAAGCAUCACCAUCCUCGCCAUCCUACCAUCAAACACUAUUCCCCGCAUCCUCAGGACUCCUUUCGCCACAGCCGACUCCACAACUAGCACUGAUACAUGAGCCGGCGGAACAAGCAAGGGCCUCAGGACUACCGACAACAACACAGACGCCCACUCACGCGUGGCACACAUUCGCAGACCUCUCAACUGCCGACGGAAUCGACGGCAAGGAGCAGACCGCGUCUAUGGGACUCUCGUCUCCAGGCGACAUGAUGUCGCCAACUCGACAGCGUAACCAGUACUCCACUAUGGCAACUCUUACCGGAACUCAACCUUCUUUCUCUCGUGGCUCGACAAGUGGAGCAUCAAGCAUGCCUAGUGGCAGCUUCGAGAUGUCGCCACAGGCGAUUCCACAGGCUAAUGGACUAAGCGAAACCGCUCUUCGUCCCGAUUCACAACAAGCCCAAGGCUCUGGCGGCAGCAUUGGUGGUAGUGGCCUAAUUAGUGGACUACAGCAAGUAUCUUCACGUGUAUCAAACAGCCGAUCCAGCGCAGGACUACGAAAUGUAGUGAUUGCAGGCGAUGCCUCGUCUCCCACAACCAACCACAUGGUUAUGGGAGACCGGCACAUCGGGAACUCAGGCAACACGAGCAGUACAGCUGCAUCUGCCGAAGCCGAACUUCAAAGCACGGCUAGACCACUUCUACCUGCUAGAUCGAUCGCAGGACUUUCAUCAAGCUCGUCCAGUGCAUCUGGCGGGUUAUUCGCCCUGGUUGGCGAAACAAGUAACCGUGGACUCAGCGAGACGCUGAAGAAACGAUCCGCUGCGUCUGGAAGCAUAUCCCACGAAGGCAUUGCUGCUAUUGGAGAAACACCAUCCGCAGCACGACCUGCUAGUCUGUCUGCAGACUCGACAAGCACAUCGUCAUCGAGUAGCACGCUUCGAACAGCACCUGCUAGUCCGCGACGACAAGCUCAGGCUGCUAGUCCAGACCUACAUGGCGGACUAUCUGCCACAGCCGCCACGCCAUCCAAGCCCUUCCACCAAGUCGCCCACGACGAGGACCCAGGGAACCGUGCCACGGUCAUGCAGACCGAGACCCGCCCCGAGGAGGGAAGCGAGGAGAGCUCGCCUACGCAAGGCGAGAAUGCUCGUACGCUACCCCUCAAGUCCGGCACUAGAAGGACGCAUGGCCGUUCCCGCGCUGUGGCCAGCAGCCCCAGCGACGCAGACACCACUGUCAAAGGCAUCUACACUGCACCGCAAAGUGCAACGACGCCUCAACAGCCUCUGCGUCACCGCAACAAGCGGUCGCCUGGAAACAGCCUUGCUCCUGCAACCUCUGCGAACCUUGAUCUCAAUGAUACAAGGGUUGCGGCUGCCAUAUUGGUGGCUCAGGUGUGCAUGACUUGGCGGACUAUGGCUGGUGCAUUCGUGCAAGCUGUUGCAACGACACAGAUGUCUUGUCGUGAUGGUGGAGAUUGCCAGUCUCUGCCUCUGCCUAGACAGGUGUUGGCUGCUUAGCACGACGAGGGUGAGCUCGAUAAACGAUUUUUGUUUUAUUUGAUAGCGUUUUUGUUUUCCUAUAUUUUGCACGAUGAAGAGGAAGAAGAUGCCGAGAUGAUGGAUCUCUGGGAUGAAAAGUAAUCUGGACGUUCUAUUUUUUAUCUCUUUCCCUUCUGUUUUUUCCCCCUAUCGCGUCAACAUACAUGAUCGCGUUUCUUUCCUUAUGCUGUGGACUUUGGAGUCCUUGCCAAUGCAAUCGAUUAAUUGAUUCACGUGAUCGUGAGCAGCAUCACUGAUCCCAUGUCUCGAGAAUAGAAAAAACAGUUCGAUAUUCGUUUGGGGUUUGACUAUGAACUAAUCUACCCGAGAGUUGCGCAUGCAACUCAAGAUUCAGUCGAGCAUAUCUAGUGAUACAUAGCUAUGGUGCCGGGCUG